AUGAGGUCGUCCGGGAAGCCGUUCUCUUCGGGCCGGGCAGGUCUAUCGCCCAGCCAGGGGGCGAGGGUGCUGGCUUUCCGGCCGCCAUGGUGCAGCUGGAUACCCGCCUUUUGGCCCUGGGAAUGGAUGAAGCGCACCACGCGUUGGAAGGAGGAGACUUGCGCUGCGCUCCAGAGUCCGGGGUCUGCCAUUCCGUUGCGUGCUUUGGGGGAGACGGAGGUCGCUUCGACCAUUGUCAGUGAUGCGCCCCAGCAUGCGUAUGCGCUCAGCUGCGCCAUGUGCCAGUCCGUCAAUUCCCCCGUGGAUUGGCUCGAGUACUGCGCCAUUGGUGACACCCAGAUGCGGUUCUGUAAUACUAGGUAG